AUGUUAUUCGUUCUGAUUCUAUCUCUAUCAACGGCCGUCCAAUCACAAAAUGUAACAGCGUUCCGUAAUAACAGAUCAACCUACAACACCACCUUAAUCAGGUAUACAACAAAGCUCCUUAAUACGAUUCUUCUGAAUCAGGACAAGAAUUUUCGUCCACAGAAUCCAGAUGGAUCUCCUUUACGUGUGGAAAUAGAUAUUAGUGUUAGAAGUAUGGGACCUAUUUCUGAACAGAAUAUGGAAUUCUCAUUGGAUUGUUACUUCCGUCAAAAAUGGUUAGAUACUCGAUUAGCUUUCAAACCUAUAAAUCCUGAUAAAGAUGAAAUACCGUUAGCUAGUAAAAUGCUCAAAGAUAUAUGGAUGCCUGAUACAUAUGUAAGAAAUGGACGGCAAUCAUAUCUACAUACGCUUACAGUCCCCAAUAUCCUUUUCCGUGUAAGAUCUGAUGGACAAGUUCACGUGUCACAGAGGUUAACGAUUCGUACACGCUGUCACAUGUAUCUACGGAAAUUCCCUAUGGAUAGUCAAGCAUGUCCGAUAGAAAUUGGCUCACUUGGUUAUUUCACAAAAGACAUCAUUUACAAUUGGAAAGAUGUGGAGCUAGAUGCCAAGAUGGGUAACAUGCUCUCUCAAUACAAAAUUAUCGGUCUCUAUAAAUCUGAACAUAACAUGUCGGAUUAUCGUUAUCCGGAUAAAGAUGCUUCUGUUCUGAAAGUGUAUUUCAAGCUACAGAGGCAACAAGGGUAUUACGUGCUACAAAUCUAUACACCUUGUACGUUGUUAGUAGUGAUGUCAUGGGUUAGUUUCUGGAUUAACAAAGAAGCUUCGCCGGCUCGCGUUGCAUUAGGCAUAAUGACUGUGCUCUCUAUGUCUACUCUAGGUUUCGGAUUACGAACAGAUCUUCCUAAAGUUUCGCAUUCGACAGCCUUAGAUAUUUAUAUUUUGGCUUGUUUUGGAUUUGCUUUCGCCGCUAUGGUUGAGUAUGCUGUUAUUAAUUAUGCCCAUAUAGUCUAUAUAAGGAAGCAAGUGCACGAUCUCAAGGGACUUGAUUCGAAUACUGCAAUGGAAAAAAUGAGAAUGUUUACAGCUGGUUUGAUGGGCGCACGAAGAGAUACACUACAGGUUGAAGCUUUAGCCCUGCCACAGGAUAAUCGACCAUGGUAUAGACGAUUGCUGUCAAAGUCCAAUCCGCAACAAAGCUCAAUGUUUUAUCGGAUGGCUGUCAAAGCUGCGCGUGCCCGACAGAAGCUGAAAAUGCGCGAUCCAGCCAAAGUUGUUAAUAGAAUCGAUAAUGUAUCGAAAGUUAUCUUCCCAGCUUUGUACAUUCUGUUCAAUCUCGUAUACUGGAUAGCUUUUCUAUAUUGGAUUCCAGAUGAAAUCGAUGAGUUUGUACAUAUACCUCCUGUUUCGAGACUCUAA